AUGCAGCAACGUCAACCCUUCCCCCCGCCUCAAAAGUCCCCCGAACUAUUUCAUCCGCGGCCGCAGCACAUCUCCCAAGUUCCUAUGAUGAGAUCCCCUCCACCACCAGUCUCCCAGAUUCAGAAUCAGCAGCAGCCUCCCGUCAAUAGCUAUGGUAACCCUUUCUCAAAUCCUAGUGCCGGAGGUGGGAUGGGACAGGGCUUUGGUGGCUUCAUGAAUGACCCUACUGCCCAGAUGGGCUUUCAGGUCGGAAAAACUGCCGUCGCGGCAGGGCAGGAAUAUAUGGAGCAGAAUUUUAACCGUUAUGUUCCUGUCUCGGCGCUGAAGCACUACUUCAAUGUAUCCAACUCUUACGUUGUGCGGAAACUUCUACUCGUUCUAUUUCCCUGGAGGCACAAACCUUGGACCAGACAACAGACCCGGAUGUCUACUUCAUCUACCAAUCCCGACGGCCAUAUCUCUCAACAAUCUUACUCCCUAAACUACCUCCCUCCUCGUGAUGAUCUUAACUCUCCCGACAUGUAUAUUCCAAUUAUGGCUUUGGUGACCUAUAUCCUGCUGUCCACUGUCCUUGCUGGUAUACGAGGCUCGUUUCACCCUGAGCUACUCGGGAGCAUUACGAGCACAGCUUUGGUCGUGAUCGUGGUAGAAUUCCUCGUCCUUAGGGUUGCCAUGUACUUCCUGGCCAUCACCAACGACUCGCAAUUUCUUGACCUGUUUGCCUAUUCCGGCUACAAGUUUGUCGGUGUCAUUGUUACCCUGUUCCUCAGCGAGCUACUUACGGGCGGACGCGGAACCAACAACUGGGUGGGCUGGACUUUAUUCGUCUACACCUGGUAUGCCAACGCGUUUUUCCUGCUCCGAUCGCUGAAGUAUGUUCUCCUGCCAGAUACUUCAAAUGACCCCACGGCAAUGCCAGGAAAUGGCGCCCCAUAUACUAUGGCGCGAACAAGGAAGAACCAACGGACAUAUUUCCUCGCCAUCUAUGCGUUUGUGAUUCAGAUGCUGUUUAUGUGGCUUUUAAGUCGUGAAGAGUCUGCAGUCAAGACCGUCGCAAAUAGAAUCACCGGCCCAAAAGUCUAG